GACGAGAGUCAGUGUAUCGUGGGAAGAUACACUUUGGCACACCCUGCCCAUCUCAGGCUCUUAGGCGCUAGACCCUCUUUGCUUCUGGGCUCUCGGCAGAGCCACCGUACCAGACCGAUUUCAACACCGCACUAUAUUAGUGCGUCGCUCCCCAAGAACUACGGGCGACUUAGCCCGACCUCUCUGUGAUCGAGGAAAAGCGAACUAUCCUUGCCCUAGGCUCCAUUCCCCCAUCUCUAUCUCCCCUCCCCAGCAAGAUCCGCGCUCAAGGACUCGGCCUAGGAGCUCGCAUCACACACUUAACCAUAAACCAACCUUUGGUCUUGCAAACGGCGCUACUACUGCCGCCGCCAACAACAUAUACUGCCGCGCCGCCGCAAGUCUUGUUGCAAGCGCUUCAGCCAUAUUACACUUCUUUCCCCUGCUACUGGCAAACACCAACUUGACGCGGGUCUGAGCUAAAACCUCGCCGGCCAUUUCUUUAUCAUCAGCCCCGUGGAGCUGUAGCAUGUCUCUGGUGCCAACACAGCAACCUCAUACUUUUGUUGACAACCACGCAUCGUUGCAUUCUGCUUCCAAUAUCGCGAAACUUGGUUCCGAGGCGACCCUUGACACGCUCCUCAGCUCUCCCAACUCUAUGGAACGAAGUGCUACGGAGUACUCGCAGUCAGGUUUGCCUUCGCCCUAUCCAAGCAACUUCGGCGACACCAAUUCUGAAGGUUCGAGGGCAGAUCACGCAUCUGCUGCGCAAUAUCCUGUCAAGCAGGAAGUCAACUAUUCAACCUCAGCCACUCCCACCUCCGAGUACGGCGUCUAUCCUCAGUCAGCCCGAUCAGGAUCUUUCCCAGAGCACGUCCAGCGUUCAUACCACCCUGCCAGCAGCACCAGCACUGGAGGUAUGGCGCAACAACAGAACAGUCCGUCAAUGCCCCAGCAGGAUGGGCGUAGCCAUCAGACCCAUCCGGUCAAAUCUGACAACGAUGUUCCUAUAGAUCCGUCCAUCGCCGCGCCGAGCCCAACUUACGCUUCGUAUGGGCAGCAUUCCCCCUACGCGCCUAACCCAGACAUGACACACAGUUACUCUCACCCCGGCGGCGGCAUGUAUGCGCAGCCUCGGCCAGACUGGGCUGGUUACCCUCAGCACGGAGGUGCGCCUUUGACUCCCGGCCACCCAGUUUAUGCCCAAAACCCUGCUUCAGCGCCACCUCAAGCACGACCAAACCAGGUUUACUCCUUCGUUCCCAUUCCAGGUGCGCAACAGCAUAAACGACCUAGGCGACGAUACGAGGAGAUCGAGCGCAUGUACAAGUGUGGAUGGAAUGGCUGUGAAAAGGCCUAUGGUACACUGAACCACUUGAACGCUCACGUUACCAUGCAGUCUCACGGACAGAAGCGAACACCCGAAGAAUUCAAGGAGAUUCGCAAGGAGUGGAAGCAGAGGAAGAAGGAAGAGGAAGCCAACCGAAAGGCUGAUGAGGAGCGACAACGCCAGGCUGCUGCCGCCGCUGCUGCUCAAAAUGGAGGUGGCGAUCCUCAAGGUCCUGAUGGCACGCCUACCUCAUCCUAUCCUGGCCGAACAGUUCAGCUGCCUCCCAUCGGAUACCAACCUGCUCAGUACCCGCCACCACCUUCUGGCGUUCCACAGCAGCCUCUUCCCGACUAUAACAACAGCCAUAUGUACUCGAAUUAUCAACCUCACUCACCUUACGCGCAGCCCAGUCAGGGCAUUCCUUACCAAUCAAACGGUGGUCAACCCCCAAGCCACUAAGACGGAUGGUUAAGCAAGGAUCAAGGUACUAGAGGAGGAAACUCACCAAAAGUCAGAAAGAAGAUUAAUACCCGCUGUACUAUAUUGGAACGAUCACUGUGCUUCUGAGCUGCCAUCAGUUUGACCUGAUGCGACCUUCAGAGAGCAUGGUCGAUUUGGAGGGGAAGAAACGCAAUCAACGUUUACUCGGCCCGGUAAUUACUCCUCUACUUCGACUCGCAUAGCCCCUUGGCUGGUCCCAGACCUUCAUUGGGUUUCCUGCAUACCCUUUCAACUAUUGGACCUUUUUUUCUUGGUUUCAUUUCUUGGAGUUAUACGUAUAUGCCCUCAAGAAGAUCUUGAGAUGAGGAGUUGCCAAAUUCUUUUCAUCAGCAUCAGGCUCUGGUCAGGGGUGGGCGGUCCUGGAGGUUUGGCGUGUUUAUUUGCAUUUACGACGAUCUGUUAUGUUUGGGAGGCCUGUCCAACCCAACCGCAGCAAUCUGUUUGCGGUAGCGGAGGGCAUGGCCACCGAUUUGCUCUCGCAUAUGUGUGGUCAAUGGUGUGAUGGGAUUGAAGAUAUGUUUAUUUAUACGACGGCCUCACUUAAACUUGUCAAAGGGGCCAAUCAGGGGGGGGUACGAAUAGAUGCAUCGACAGUAUAUGAUGAUUGCAUGGGCGGUAACAUUCUGUGAAAUGAGUACAUUUUUUAAGCCACAAUUGUUCAAAAGUUCCAUGUUUAACUUAAAUCGUGCCUUCUCCGUGAACAAUUACAUGGCCAUUUUGGGCCUUAAAUGAAUCAAAGUGCGGAACAAUAAAAUAAGUAAACUUGUGAUGAUGAUUUAUUUACACUCAAGUCCUUAUAACGGUUACUUCAGAAUGCGACAAAGCUUUAGUGAACCGGUCUGUCGGGUCACAAGUCAGCCCUAUCUCUUUUCAGAAGAGGCGAAAUCGAUCAAGACACAUCGGAAUGAUGCUUAAACCUGGUUGAGCGUGGGUGGCGUGCCAUAGUAGGGUUGUGUUGCACAUAAUACUGCAGCAAAGGGAUAGGAUGGGAUGUGGGUGGUUGAGUUGUGUUGCUGUGUUACAGACGCUAAUCUACGCGGAUAGUCUCAAGUCCAAGUCAAGGGUGUGAAAUAACAAAAGAGCCCAAAGGCAAGGAUUGUAGAUUGGGUGAUGGUGGUGAUGGGCAAGGCAAAGGGUAGAGAAGGGAAAGGUCGGGUAACACAAGACAUGGAAGCGCCUGACGUACAUGUGUAGUGCACGUUAGCUUAUUAACAAGGAGGUGAAUGGAAGUGGUCUGAUCAUGUCUCUCGGCUUUAAGCAACGCCAAGUGGAGGGGGCGAAAACGAUAUAUCCAGCAGAUCUAUAGAUUGGCGAGAGGCCAGUGUGUGGUGUGUGCGUAUGCGUAUGCGUCUGGUGUACGUAUGCGGUUGGUGUUGAUGACCCGACAGCCCAGUAGACUAGAUAGAUACUCGAGAGGAUCUACAGCCGGGAUGUGAUGAAAGGGGGAAUGUGAGAAGUUAUGGGUGAAGUUGUAUUCUACGGCGCUGCUCGAGGUCCAUGCAUCUGCUGCGCAUAUAUAAUAUGGAUACAAAUGUUGGAUAGAGUUUCAUGAUAUAGACAAGGGUUGUAAUGCAACUCGAGUCAGGAGAGAAUUACUCAAUAAAUGCCAUUGAACGAGAGUUAAUGAGUCAGUCCUCUUCAAGGAGCACUAUUCUGCGAUGCAUCUGGACACGAUGCUCGC